AAGAGAGAUAGUGAGAGAGCGAGAAGUGUAGGAGCAGCUGCCUACGAAGUUAAAGUGGGUAACGGACUAAUGGUUACAAUUUGAUGCAGUUCACUAAACCCUCAUCAGAUGACACUGAACGUCACCAAUGAAUUUCACAUCUGGGAAACCGGAAGAUUAGUAUGACUGCGGAAAAGCCCCGGUAUGGCUGCCCAUCGUAUUAGAGUGACCAGCACCGACCAUGUCCUCCCUCGUUGCAAGUCAGAGGGCACGCUCAUUGACAUUAGUGAGACCAUCUCAGAGUCCAGUCUCACAGAUGUCAAAGUGCCUUCUCCCAGUGCCUUGAGGCUUGACACCUCAGCCUCCUUUGAAACAGCCCGGGAGGUAGUUGCCAUAAAAGAUUACUGCCCAUCGAGCUUCACUACUUUGAAGUUUUCCAAAGGCGAUCGUCUCUAUGUACUGGACACGUCAGGGGGUGAAUGGUGGUACGCCCACAACAACACAGAGAUGGGCUACAUUCCAUCGGCCUAUGUUCAGCCAAUCAGCUGCAGGAACUCUUCACUCAGUGACAGCGGCAUGAUAGACAAUCUUGGGGAGUGCAAUGACGAAGGCGCAAAGGAGUUGGACUUCCAGGGUGAGUGGUCGGGGUUUACCCUGAAGCCUAUUCUACCUUGUAAUAGCAACCCCUUCUCCAUCCAUACUUCCACCAACCCCUUCGUCAAUGGCUCUCGACAUGGCACACUAGACCAGAACUGUAAUGAGAGAGGAAUGAGGAACUCAACAGACCUGCUUCUUUUUGACACACCGGUGUCCCCCUCUACCCCCCUCUCCCCCUCCAGUUCCAUUAUGACUAAUGGUUACAGCAGCUGCAACAUCUUUGACAUGACCCCCACCAGCCCAAACCCUGAGUUCCUCCAGACACUUCACAGGGACAACCCGUUCUUCAGGAGCAAACGGUCCUACAGUUUAUCAGAGCUAUCCACCCUACAGGCACAAUCCAAUGCUACUGUGCCUUCCUCUGGGCUGUUUACUGGGCUCAAAGCUCCAUCUCCAGAGCAGUUUCAGAGCAGAGAGGAUUUCAGGACUGCAUGGUUAAACCAUCGCAAGUUGGCCAGAUCUUGUCACGACCUUGAUUCCCUGGGUCAAAGUCCUGGUUGGGGUCAGACACAACCCGUAGAGACCAACAUUGUGUGCAGGCUAGACAGCAGCGGUGGGACUGUUCAGCUUCCAGACACCCACAUCAGUAUCCAUGUUCCUGAAGGCCAUGUUGCUGCUGAAGACACCCAGCAGAUCUCCAUGAAGGCCCUGCUGGAUCCUCCAUUGGAGCUCAACAACGACCGGUGCUCCACCGUGAGCCCCUUGGUGGAGAUCAAGCUGAGUAACAUGGAGAUCAAGUCCUUCAUCACCCUGGAGAUAAAUGUGUCGGUGGUGGUGAAGAGCGAUAGCAGCCAGAUAGCUGAAAUCCUCUGUGUCCGGAGCGACUGUAAGGAAGGUCCCUACACUCCCAUCCCUCAUGCUUACAUAUACAAGGACACAGUGCAGGUACAGCUUGAUAACCUAGAACCAUGUAUGUUUGUGGCAGUGGUAGUGCAGGCCCAUCUGCUUAGCGUCAAUACAACAGUAUGGGACCACGUUCAGAAGAAAAUCACACUGGGUGUCUAUGGGCCCAAAUACAUCCAUCCCUCUUUCAAGACUGUGGUGGCUAUAUUUGGGCAUGACUGUGCACCCAAAUCUCUAUUGGUAAAUGAGGUGGGUCGGCAGGCCAAUUCUACCCCUCCAGUGGCCCUCCAGUUAUGGGGGAAGCAUCGGUUUGUCCUAGGCUAUCCGCAGGACCUCCGGAUAGGAUUAUACUCCAACAUGUCAAAUUAUGAGGUAAAGGCAAAUGAGUCAUCCAGGAUUGUCCGAGGCUUCCAGGUCAAGCUAGGGAAGGUGAGCCGACUCCUGUACAUGAUCACCUCGCACAACCCCGAUGACAUCUCAGACUUCACCCUGCGAGUCCAAGUCAAGGAUGUUUUGGACUGCAUCCUGGCCCAGUUCUGUGUGCAAACGCCACAACCUCCUCCAAAGAAUGGAGCACGGAUAACUGGCCAGAGAAGGUUCCUGAAAAAGAAAGAGGUGGGUAAGAUCGUUCUCUCUCCUCUGGCCAUCACUACAAAAUACCCUCAGUUUCAGGAACGACGUAUCACCAGUCUUAAAUUUGGGAAGUUGCUGAAAACCGUGAUCAGGCAAACUAAGAGUCAGUAUCUGUUGGAAUACAAGAAGGGAGACAUAAUCGCUUUGCUGAGUGAGGAGAAAAUUAAGCUCAGAGGACAACUGUGGACCAAAGAGUGGUAUAUAGGAUAUUAUCAGGGGAAAACAGGCCUUGUUCACGCAAAGAAUGUUCUGGUUUUAGGGAAAGUCAAGCCUAUCUAUUUCUGUGGGCCGGAUCUCACGACAACCAUGCUGCUGGAGCAGAUCUUGAAACCAUGUAAGUUCCUCACUUACAUUUACGCCUCUGUGAGGACGAUACUGAUGGAGAAUGUGGGGAGCUGGAGAGCCUUUGCAGAUGCUCUUGGAUACAGUAACCUUCCUUUGGCUUAUUUUUGUCGGACUGAAUUGGACAAUGAGCCCGAAAGGGUGGCGUCAGUUCUGGAGAAGCUCAAAGAGGAGUGCAACAGCAUGGAGAACAAGGAGAGAAAGUCCUUCCAGAGAGAACUCAUGGCGGCCUUGUUAAAGAUGGACUGCCAGGGCUUGGUGGCCAGGCUGACCAUGGACCUAAUCCUGCUGACCACAGCGGUGGAGGUGGCCACGCGCUGGAGGGAACUGGCUGAGAAGCUGGCCAGGGUGUCCAAGCAGCAGAUGGAAGCCUACGAGGCGCCGCACAGGGACAAGAACGGACAGUUGGACAAUUCGUCAAUGUGGAAGCCAGCCUAUGACUUCCUGUUGACCUGGGCCGCCCGGAUCGGGGACAGCUACCGGGAUGUGAUCCAGGAGCUGCACCUGGGCCUGGACAAGAUGAAGAACCCCAUCACCAAACGCUGGAAGCACCUGACAGGCACCCUGAUCCUGGUCAACUGCCUGGAUGUCCUCCGCAGCUCCGCCUUCAGUCCUGCCUGCCAGGGGGACUUUGCCAUCUGAAGGAGCCAGCCGUCUAGUCCUCCUCUGUGCCCGACUCUCUCUGUCUGUUCUCUCUGUCUCUCCCCCCCCCCUCGCCUUAGGCCCUCUAGUUACGCCUCAGGACCACACAACCAUGUAGAUCCAGACUCACUGUCAGACUUUGAACCUCUUUUGCUUCGCACGUGAGCUUAUUGAUCCUACUGACCCGGACUCGGAGCACAUUAAAAGACCAUUAGGUUUGCUGGGAACAUCAUUCCUACAGUUCUCACUCUUUCUGUCUCUCUCUCUUUCUCUGCCUCUCUUUCUUUCUCUCUCUCUCGUUGCUCUCUCUCUAUCUCUCUCUCUAUCUCUCUCUUGGACUGGUGAGUAAGUAAAGCCAAAAUGUUGACAUGGUUUUCCCUCCAUUUGAGAAGGGGUGCUUUUUAAUCAGUCUAUUGCUACAAACAGUAUAUUUUCUACAUUAAGUGGCAUAGCAGCUGUUUUUCAUGGUAUUUUGUGAAAAUGUGUUUUUCAAAUAGAAACUUUUCUGAAAUACUUUUUUUAAAUGAUCCAGCAAUGAUAAUGACCUAUUCACAGUACACAUGCCCCUUUUUCCACCUGGGGCAUCCCUCUGCUUACUGUUUCUGUAGGUAACAAACCUUUUUUUGCUUGCCAAAAACAUGUAGGCGAUAGUUCUUUCUACUACAUUUAGUGUUCAUUUCACAUAUGUGCAUGCAGAAAAAGAGUCACAAAAGUUAUCACAGAAAACACUACAACUUACAUGCAGUAUUACUGUAUAGUUUUCUUCCCACUUAUUGAGAUUUUACUAAGUGGAUAGUCAUAAAACCAGUUGGCUGCUCUCUAGGUAACGCUGUUUUCAGUGCUGUCCUGUGCAGCAUACUUCACAACUUCUUCCUUUGUAUCUUUGGUUUAGCAGGCAGAUCAAAAUCUUUAAUUUCUUAAGGGAGUUGUAAUUUGUUAGUAAGUGUUAAUUAGCUCUAUUCAGCAAGAGGACUUUUCCUUUUAGGGAAGCAUGGUCUUAUUGAAACUAGCUCUGCUUUCCUAAUUUUGAAACAUUAAAAUGUGAGAUGUAACAAAUAUGGUCCCAAGUUUACAUCUAAAAAAUAAGUACCCAAGCAGACUGAUUUCCCAAUACUCUCAGCCAUCUUUAUGUUAUACUAGUUUCUGUUCCAUAGAACUUCCGACACGAAAGAAGCCUUUCACCCUUGAUUUUUCUAGAUUUUACGCCGUUUCUUCCUUUUAGUCAGAGAACAAUCAACUCUGCGUUGAUAGUUUCAAAUGUUUGUAUUUCCAUGUAAUGUGAAGGUUUCCAGUGCAACAAGUGUGGUUUUGUAUGUUUUGUGAAAGCAAAAGAAACGUUAAUAGUAAUACGUGUAGUUUAAAAUAUCAAUUUAAAGUCAUGUUAUAUUGACUGAUCACGCUGGUCUGUGACAUCUUCUACAAAGUAAUGUUAUGAGGUUGUCGGCAAUUUGUUGACUAGAACAGGAGAACACUGUCUAAAUUCACUCAAUAAACUGGCUGUCAAUUUCAAAGUGCCUCAAUCAGACAGAAAGGGAUUUAUGGUCUGUUUUUACUCCCUGUAUUUGUACCUUG